CGCCGCCGGGGACGGGCCAGCUGCACGCCGACAGCCCUGCAGGUUCCUCCGCCCUCCUCGCCGCCCGUGCAUCCCGCUGCCCUCGCCAUGGCCGCGCUCACCAAGGACCCGCAGUUCCAGAAGCUCCAGGAAUGGCACCGCAAGCAGGGCGCUGACCUCAACUUGCGCCGCCUUUUCGAAGCGGACAAGGAGCGCUUCAACCGCUUCAGCUUGAACCUCGAUACCAACCAUGGGCGUAUUCUGGUGGAUUAUUCCAAGAACCUGGUGACAGAGGAUGUGAUGAAGAUGCUGUUGGACCUGGCCAAGUCCAGGGGUGUGGAGGCCGCCCGGGAGAACAUGUUCAAUGGUGAGAAGAUCAAUUUCACUGAGAAUCGGGCAGUGCUGCACGUGGCCCUGCGGAACCGGUCAAACACACCCGUCCUGGUGGAUGGCAAGGAUGUGAUGCCGGAGGUGAACAGGGUCCUGGAGAAGAUGAAGUCUUUCAGCCAGCGUGUCCGAAGUGGUGACUGGAAGGGGUACUCAGGCAAGCCCAUCACAGACGUCAUUAACAUCGGCAUCGGUGGCUCUGACCUGGGACCCCUCAUGGUGACUGAAGCCCUCAAGCCAUACGCUUCGGGAGGCCCCCGGGUCUGGUUUGUCUCCAACAUCGAUGGGACCCACAUUGCCAAAACUUUGGCCCACCUGAACCCGGAGUCCUCCCUGUUCAUCAUCGCUUCCAAGACCUUUACCACCCAAGAGACCAUCACGAACGCAGAGACGGCAAAGGAGUGGCUUCUCCAGACGUCCAAGGAUCCUUCUUCAGUUGCGAAGCACUUCGUUGCCCUGUCUACUAAUACGACCAAGGUGAAGGAGUUUGGAAUUGACCCUCAAAACAUGUUCGAGUUCUGGGAUUGGGUAGGAGGACGCUACUCGCUGUGGUCAGCCAUUGGACUCUCCAUCGCCCUGCAUGUGGGAUUUGACAACUUCGAGCAGCUGCUCUCUGGGGCUCACUGGAUGGAUCAGCACUUCCGCAAGACGCCCCUGGAGAAGAACGCCCCCGUCCUGCUGGCUUUGCUGGGUGUCUGGUACAUCAACUGCUUUGGGUGUGAGACACAUGCCAUGCUGCCCUAUGACCAGUACCUGCACCGCUUUGCAGCCUACUUCCAGCAGGGUGACAUGGAGUCCAAUGGGAAGUACAUCACCAAGUCCGGCAUCCGUGUGGACCACCAGACGGGCCCCAUUGUGUGGGGGGAGCCAGGGACCAAUGGCCAGCAUGCCUUCUACCAGCUCAUCCACCAAGGCACCAAGAUGAUACCUUGUGACUUCCUCAUCCCGGUUCAGAGCCAGCACCCAAUAAGGAAGGGUCUGCAUCACAAGAUCCUCCUGGCCAACUUCUUGGCCCAGACUGAAGCCCUGAUGAGAGGGAAGUCGACAGAGGAGGCUCGGAAGGAGCUCCAGGCCGCAGGAAAGAGCACAGGGGACUUGGAGAAGCUGUUGCCACACAAGGUCUUUGAAGGAAAUCGUCCAACCAACUCUAUCAUGUUUACCAAGCUCACACCAUUCAUUCUUGGAGCCUUGAUCGCCAUGUAUGAGCACAAGAUCUUCGUUCAGGGAAUCAUCUGGGACAUCAACAGCUUUGACCAAUGGGGAGUGGAGCUGGGAAAGCAGCUGGCUAAGCAAAUUGAGCCUGAGCUGGAUGGCAGCAACCCAGUGACCUCUCAUGAUUCUUCCACCAACGGGCUGAUCAACUUCAUCAAGCAGGAGUGUACCGCCAGGAGCUAAUAAACUCCUGCUGGGCUGCAGUCCCUGUUGUCCUUGUCCCUCCUCACCAGAGUCUGCACUGCCUGGUCCUGCCCAGAACACCCUCUGGUCACGGGCUUAGACCACAAGCCCAGUAAGCUGGUCUGGAAAUGUCACCCCCACCCUCUGUGUCCACACCCCUCUGUUUUACAAUUAGUUGAAGUGUUUCAGUGCAGCUGCUUUUUGACCCACAUUUACAUUGUUCAUGUACCAGGUGAAAAAAAUAAAGAUGCCACAAAGGA